CUCUGCCUCUCCCUCUAUCCAUCUCUCUCUGCCCCCAACCUCCUCCUGCCUGCCUCACCCCCCUCCACGAUUUCACACCAUUGAGCAUGCUGUGUGUAGCUCCCACUCGCUGGCAUCAGAAACACGAGAUAUCUUCAGUUCUGAGCUGUGCAGAUUCAUACAUACACACACACAUACACACACACACAGCAGCAGCAGCAUUGGCUGGACGGAGACUGCGUUCUGCCAAAACGUACGUUGGGGAUAGGCAGAGAUAAGAAAAGAAGGGGAGGCACGGCACACCGGAGUCAAGGAUCAGCACCAUGAAGACAAGACUAGGCUGCCUGUCCCACAAAUCUGACUCCUACAGCGACUUCUCAGAGUUCCUGCCUCCGGCCCAUGAAACCACCGCCAGGUGUCUGAAACUCUCAACGGACGAGGUUGUCCGAUGGUCAGAAUCGUUCGAUCAUCUUCUCUCUCACAAAUAUGGCCUGGCUGCCUUCAGGACGUUUCUCAAGACAGAGUUCAGCGACGAGAAUAUCGAGUUUUGGAUGGCCUGCGAGGAGUAUAAAAAAAUCAAGAGCUCAACCAAGCUUGUGUCAAAAGCUAACAAGAUCUUUAAGGAGUUCAUUGACAUUCAGGCACCGAGAGAGGUAAACAUUGAUUACCGCACCAGAGAACGGACCAAGCAGAGCCUGGAGGAUCCGUCUCCAACCAGCCUCAACGAAAUCCAAGCUAAAGUCUACUGUCUCAUGGAGAAAGACUCCUACCCACGAUUCCUCAGGUCCAAGAUGUACCAGGAUAUGGUCAACAGGGCACAUGCACAAGGCCAGCGGAGGUCAGUUUGACUGAAUCUCAUGAAGACCAGAGAGGACAUAAAACUGGACCUAUACUGUAAAUCACUCAUUAACCCUUUCACAUAUCAGAAUACUGUGAAUCUGCAAGGAUGGGGCGGCAUGUUUGACUGUUUCCUUUUGUCUACACCAGCUCCAUGCAUGCAAUCCCUCUAGAGAAGACGUGUCUUGGUGGACUGCACUGUGCGGUACCGUGAAGAAGAUUGAAUGAGGAUAGGCUAAUCGUUUUACCUCUACUUGGUGCUGGGCGAUAUGUCUAAAAAUAUAAAAUGACCAUAUCAUGUGAUAACUAUAUUUAUCUGGGAUUAUUCAUGGUGGGAAUUGUUGGGUCUCUGUAAAUAAAAUAGAGUCUAGACCUGCUCAAUAUGGAAAGUGUUAUGCAAUAACUUUUGUUAUGAUUUGAUGAUGUAUCAUGGCAUUUAAAAUGAAACUCAUUCAAAGUAUUCAAUGGAGCAAGAAACUGCAAAUUCCCCAAACAAGUGUUGAUCUUGGAAAUCCAUUUACUGUAAUUGAAAAUCUUUAUUUUGUGCUAAUUACAUAUGCCAAUGUAUACACAAUUUCAUCCCUUGAAUCCAUUUAUAUUAAAAUAUUUACAUAGAUGGUCUCCUGAUUUGUGGACACUCGCCAUUUAACUAAGCUGUUAAACGGUCUUUUUCUGGGGCCAGUGGUUCCACCUUCUUUAGCUGAACUCUUUGUUCUAUCUCCAAAUUUGAAUCCGCCAUCGUUCCAAAAUUUCUUUAACACUUGUAGCCUUUCCAUCAAAGUACAACAGGCUGGUGUUAAUGCUCAGGAAAAAUGAUAUCCAUGGCAAAGUACGGAGUUGCUUUUUAUUCUUCCAUCGAGAUAAAUGUUGUUACCCUCUGAUCGCCCAGCACUAUCUCUACUUCUCUUCUGUUCUUUGUGAAAUAGACACUGUCAUAUGCAGGUGACUGCACCUGUUGUGGUAGUUUGUGUGUUUACAACAGACAGUAAAGUGAGUCGACACUUAUCUGAAACUGUGCCAAACUAGAUUGCACUUAGAUGUUGAUAUGAAUACAUAAUCCUGUGUAUUGUAAACUCUUGCAGGUAUUCUGUGUGACAUUAAACGUAAAGUUUGAAGGUCCAUUGUAUUUUGUAAUUCUUUUUGCUUUCAAUUCAUGCUAUUCAGGAAGUGAAGAUGUGCUGUCACCCCUGUUGAUCUUGUUAUACAAGGUGCAUCCUAUUGAUUGACUGGAAUUUUAUAAAAUAAUAUUCAUACUUUUUAAAACUAGGUUUGAUUAAAACCAUGUUACUCAACUAUCAGCACCUGUAGCUCCAUGAAAUGCAAUCUGUUUCUUUGGACUUUCUUUCUGGACUUUCUGGUCAACGUUGCCUUCAAAAGUUUGACUAAAUGAGUCAUUAUUUGUCAUGGCUAAAAAUUGCACUGGAUUGCAUAACUGAUUUGCUUUUUAAUAUAUCCAGUCGUAAGUGCUUGUUUAAACAGAACAAACAUCUCCCAGUCCUGCAGGUAGUGAACUGAAAGCAAAGCUGACCCCAAUAAAAUCUGUUCUGAGUUGAAAAAUGUGUUGUGCAAAUUUUCCUAAAUGUAUUUUCAGCAUGAUGCAAUACUCUGAAUAAUUUACAUAUUGUAUAGUAUGUUCUGACAACGACUGCAAAAAAAAACUAGUAGAAUAAGUCAGUAACAUGACGGAUGUGUUUGCCUGGAAAACAGACAAAUAUUUUCUUUAUUGCAUGUGGCUGAACAUAUCGCCCUGUAUCGUCUGUUACUGUGUUCCACAUGAAUGUAACCUCCCCUCCCCCCACUAUAUUUUGUGAUUAAAAAUGGAUCUGCAUCUAUGCUCUGUGGCUU